AUGUCAGGUAAAAAUACCAGUUUCGAACUGGAAAACUACGAAGAAACGAAGGAAUGGAUCAAUUUUAUAAUUGAAAAGGCAGGAAAGGCAGUGGCACCUCUGAACCUCACUCAGCUUUGCGAAACGUUUAGGAAAGAAACGAAAUCUGAACAAUCGCUCAACUUCUUUUAUAAUAAAUGCUAUAGAUUUCGUUCGAAAAUUCAUCAAUUGAAAGAUGUGGAUACAGAUACCAAAGUCAGAAUGAUUUUCUCACUGAAUGCUUCGAUUGACGCAGAUUUUUAUAAUGAAUUGAAGAAAGAUGCAGAAGUUGUACUUGAUGAUGGCCGAAGAAUUGUAAAAUACAGAAAAAAUGGAGGAGGAUUGAGUCUUUUACGAAAAAUACCAAUGCAAGAACGCGAAACCGAAAGAAAAGACGAAAAAAUCCUGAGUUUUCUGGCAGAGAAAUCAAACGUCGUUAACACGACUAUCUCUUCUAUUUCGUUCUUGAAAGACUUCAAAGAGAAAACUAAAAGCCCGCUCGCGUUGAGUUCACUGGAAACAAGAUAUCGAUGCAGCAAGAAUAAAAUCUAUUGGUCUCCACAUUACGAUCAAGCAACAAAGCUGAAAAUGAUGUUUAUCUCUGGGGCGAAAGUGCCGGAAUGUUUUCUAAAGCAGCUCCGAGAAGACGGUGUUAUGGUAGAAAUCGACGAAAUGAAUAGAAUUACAAAUUUCAAACUAAAUGAAGAGUUAGGAAGAGAUCAAAAUGUGUCUUCCAGUACAAACGAUUAUCGAGCACAAGAUGUUGGUAACGUAAACUCCACAUUGGGGUCCACAGUAGGAAAUGACGAAGGCAGUGACGAAGAAAUGAUAGAUGAUAAUGGAAGAAAUGCCAUCUUGGAAACGAAAGCUGGAAAAAUAUCGACGAACAAUGAAUAUGAUCGGGGAGCAGAAUUUGAUUACGAAGAUCUUAUACAAACAGAUGGCGAUCAAAAAUAUGUGAAGAGAGGGUUGCUACCGAAAAGUGAAAGAUUUUCAAAAAAGAGAUCUCUCAAUGCUGGUACGUCAUCAAAUCCUGAAAUGGAAGAUGAGACGGAUAUGACAAUAGAUUCUUCUCAUUCUGAAACUGUAUAUGCAAUAGACAAGAAGAAUAUGAUAAUAACGGAAGAACUUUAUAUUGUCAGUCCAGAUGGCGAAGAUCUUGUUGAAGAAACGACUGAAUCUACUGAUUCUGUAUCUCGGAAGAAACAACAGAACCCAACAUCAUCGAUAACUGUUCAUCCAAUCAUUAAGAGUGAUUAUCGAGUUCCCUUCAAUCAGAAACCGUCGAAAGAAUUGUCCAACUCUGCCUCUUCUUCUUCUUCAGAAGUCGUUAAGAUGCUCAUUCAACCAAAACUCUCUAUGAAGACUGAACGAUUGGAUAAGAUUAACGACAAUUUUCUACAAGGACCAAGAACAGAGAAGAAGUGUGAAAAAGGGUUUCAGAAUACUGUGAGAGCAGGGAAAUUGACGAAAUCUAGUAAUAUCCGUCUGGAUGAUCGACAAGUCUCUACGUCAUCUUUCGUCAAUUCACGCAAAAAAUCAAUUUGUGUUGAAUCAGAGUCUAUUGGAAAUCCUACGAAAACUCACAAUCAGAUUCCGACAGAACCACCACUGAAAGUAUGUAAAGUAGAAACAACAAGUUGUGAUUUAGAAGUCAUCGCAAUUGUGAAUGCGGGACAUGAUGGAAUAGAAGGAUCUGUUGAGAGUUUGGAAGGAUUUUUGAAGCUUCUCCGUGCUCAUGUAUCCAUGUUGAAUUCUAGGAGUCUCGACGAUUUCGAAAUAAAAAUUGACUACUUGACCACGACGCUCGGAGAUAAGCCUAUUUCGAUCGACAAUAUUCGUGUUUCUCUCGAGACAUGUUUCCUCUCAUUAGCUCAAAAAGGAGCAUUGAAAUCACCACCAGGAGAAGAAACGAAAAGUCUCCGGAACUUGAUGGUUUCUCUGAAAACAAUCACUUGUUACUUCCGACAUUCUUCACUCAAUUCUUUCAAAGAAAAGUUGGAAAACUUUAUCAAUGGUCUCUUCGUUAAGGACAAGAGAAUAACAAUCGAUGAGGUCCGUUCGGCGUUGGAGAGAGCUCUCGAUUUUGUCACUCUAUAA